AUCAAGCACCUAGGCAUGCAGACUGCUUCUACAAACAUUUGUGAAAGAAUGGGUCGCACUCAGGAGCUCAGUGAAUUCAAGCGUGGUACCGUGAUAGGUUACCACUUGUGCAAUAAGUCCAUCUGUGACAUUUCCUGGCUACUAAAUAUUCCACGGUCAACUGUUAGUGGUAUUAUAACAAAGUGGAAGCAACUGGGAACAACAGCAACUCAGCCACAAAGUGGUAGGCCACGUAAAAUGACAGAAUGGGGUCAGCGCAUGCUGAAGCCCACAGUGCACAGAAGUCACCAACUGUCUGCAGAGUCAAUAGCUAAAAACCUCCAAACUUCAUGUGGCCUUCAGAUUAGCACAACAACAGUGUGUAGAGAUGGUUUCCAAGGCUAAGCAGCUGCAUCCAAGCCUUACGCCUGGCAGUCCAAUGGAUGUGUCUGUGUUUGGUGGUUGCCAGGAGAACGGUACUUGCCU